GCCUUGGGAUCCGACUAUCCAAGAGACCAUGAAGGAAGUGAAGCUUAUUCUUCACAUGUGGAUCGGGCUGUUUUAUACCAAGUCUAGUGAGAUGCUGCAGACCUCGAUAAGGCAGGUACAGGAACACUGUGGGACUCCAAAACCUGCUGCAGAAGAUUUGCACACAGAACCGGCUGCUGUGGGACAGCCAGCUUUCAGUGGAAGUGGUUCUGAGUCGGCAGCUUCAGAAAAGCAGCAGUCAGCAGAAGUAGUCAUCUCGUCCGUGAUUAAGAGGAUUGAGAAGAAAUCAAAUCUCGUCACUUCUUGUGCUGGCCGUGCACCGUUUUAUAGCGAAACAGCCCCUUGUGCCACUUCGCGAACAGAUGCAGACCAUCCCCUGGAUGGUGAAAGUGAAAUCAAUAAUGAUAACACACAGGACCCAGAAUCACUAGGUUCCAGUGGUGGUCUUGCAGAGUGUGCACACAUCUCUUCUGGAAAGGAGCGUGAACAAGAACCCAAAAAUAACGUACAUGCUGCAGGACUGGAACUGGAGAACCAGGAGCCCAGUUUGUCUCCGAGAAUAACAGAUGACAGAAAUAUGACUGACUUAAUGCAAUGCAACGAUGUCCAGGAUACAGCUCCUGGAAAUUUGGCAGAAAGAAGCCUGGUGGAUUCAAGUCAAACAGUCAACAGAGAGAAUGCUUCUGUUAUAAAACAGACUGAUAAUAUUCAUCAACAUACACUGGAUGAUUCUGAAGCAACGGAGAGUGAGAGUCCUUUGUCACAGCCAUCAAUAUGCACAGCUUCUGUUGUGGAGAAGCCAAAAAGUGCGGAUAAUGAUGACAAUCCUGAACUGGAAGCUAGAGAAGUGGAAAUCAUGCGACAAUCUUCGGUUAUUAAAGAGAUGCUUGGUAUUCGGUUGCCAGCCAAAGAUCCAGCUCAGAGUACAGCGAGCACGAACUUGAGGAAUGCAACUGCCUCACCAAGUUGUAAAGAAGUGAAUAAUCACAGUGAAAACAGACUUCAGACUGAACAGUUUGAUAACCUUGCUGCCUCAGAAAAUACAACAAACACAGAAGACUUGGGAACCAUCAAAGACACACUUGCAAUUGAAAGAAGCGUGCCACAGAAUACAUUCAAUGGAGUGGACCGUACUGAUACUGCUCCACAAAGCUCUCCUUUGACGAUUGAUGUACCAAGUCACACUAGCACUUUAAACUCUUCAGAAUCUUGUAACAUCAUCAUACCCAACUAUAACCAGACUCUGGAUUCCAGUAAAACAUUGCACAAUAUAGCUGGGGCACCGGUGAAAGAAAGAACUUGCUCUUCUGUUGAAAGUUGUGCUAAUGAUCAAUUACUCCGAGAUGUUAUAGAGACACAGAGGAGGAGAGUAAGUGUUAGAAGGUUGGUGAGUGAGAGGGAGAUUACAAGCAAUUCCGAUUCCGAAUGUCUAGGCGAUGUGAAAUCUCUAUCCCCAAGUGAUGAAUCUAGAAGGCAAUUGAAACCUCAAGCUAUCUUUAAUCAAAACUGUGCAUGCAACCUGAAAGCUCAACAAAAGCAGAAGGAGUGUGAUCGGUCCAAGGACUUUAUUGCUACUUCUGAAAGAUCUGAUUGUGGCCUUACAGAAUCUCCUUUUACUGUCAGAGACUUUUCAGAAAGUUUGGAUAUUAAAAUAAAAACAGCCACUAGAGAUUUUUCUGGAAGCAAAAAGGUGUCCAGGAUAAGUUGUAAUGCCAGCAGCCAGAAGAUCAAAAGGAAAAGGAACAUGCACGGAGAGGAAUCUGAAGACAGAGAUUCGGAAGAUGGGGAUUUCAGAGUGAAACGAAACAGCCAAAGUGGGCCCUGGCACAUGCGGAACGUUGAUGUGAAUCAUUCAGCACACAUUUUGGAAGAAGAGACGAGUGACAGUGAUGCCCCUGUGCCUCGGACUAUUAAAAUCCCGGAUCUUUUUGGAAGACCGAAAGUCUACCAAAACUUUACUGUCACUGCAGAGAUGCGGCAGAAAUCUGAUGAGGCAGCAAGAUGCAGAAGAAUCACCAGAACAUUCUGUAAUUGGCACGAGGAGAGCACUGCUGUUCAACAUUCAGGAGAGUGCAACUGGAAUGCAAAUUACUGCAGAAACACAAGUCCUGUUGAAAAAAUUCUAAACUUGGAGUAUAUAAAUUUUUCUCGGGAUCUCAAGAAUGUAGUGAACAGAGCAAAUGUUGGACUAUUCACAAGCCCCAUCUCAUAUUCCAAGGAUGGAAAUAAAACAGCCUUGAGGAGGAGAAAUAUCCAAAUGGUUUCCAGUGAGAGACUAACUGGGAGGGGGAACCCACUGACUGUGACAAUAUCGUGCCAAAAGGUUGAGCACAGCAAUGGGAAGCGGUUGCACAAUAAAACCUGGCCACCUCAUUGGACUAAUGGAGAGGAUGAGGCUUGGGAAACAGAAACUGUUACAUUUUCUAAACCAAAAUGUUACACAAAUUUCAUAAAGAGUCACAAGAGGCCAUGUGGUCAAUCUCACGCUAUGAUUCACGAUUCAGCAGAACCUGCAGAUAGGAUGCCAAGGAAAUCAUGUUGCAUCAGGGACAAAGGAUCUCUUCUUCAUGAUGAGCUGCUAAAUGCAAAACGGAAGGAAUAUAAAGAGCUUCAGGGUGAUGGGAGGAAAAGAACUGAUCCAUUUUUGUGCUUAAUAACUGAGUUAUGCAGUAACUUACACCAAAAUUUGAGGGAAGUUGUAAAAGAAUCUUGGAAAGGCACUUUCAACUUUUAUGUCUUUGAAACAAAUUCUGAUCCAUUUUUUAAGGAAAUUAAG